GCCUGGCGUCACAUGACCGGGGGUUCUUAUUGAGAAAUUUUGCGAACAGAUUAUCAGAUGACUACCAUGGAUUCCGAGUACAAGACGCUUAUCCGCGUUUUCAGUCCUUCGAUUGAAGAAGUCCUUGAAUCUAAGGAUAUUUUGCCAUUUUAUUCUCAUUGGCCCAUAGCCGAGUGUGAUACCAUUAGGUCAAAGCCCACGUUAGCUGAACGAGCGAGAGCGUUCAUCGCCUACCUGAUUCGUGAUGAGGAACCCUUUACCUCCGUAGAAUUCACGCAGUUCUUGGACGCGCUGAACGUGGCUGAGCCUGGCUAUGUUCCGCUCAGAAAAUUACUCCUCGGUGAAGACUGCCCUCACUUCGAUGUCUUCAUGAAGAUCCUCAGGAUCUUUGAGGCCGACAUUGAGCGACAUAUAGUUAUUGAUACGACACUGGUAAACCUGCUCAUGGAAGACAGAAUAGGCCUUCUCUCGGAGCACGAAAAGGAAGAGGUGUUAGAUUUCGUGGACAGAGGACGCAAAAGAGAUGGUCUUUUUGUCCUGUUGCGAUGUCUACCUCGUAGGAAGGAAAAUUGGCCAGACUUGUUCAUGCGUGCGCUCCGGGAGACAGGGAAUGAGAUGACCAUGAGCGUCUUGUUUGGUGUCGACCACGAGGAUGACGAGGCAUUUGCAACUCACAACAUUCGCCGAAAAACCGAAGACUUGAAAUACAACUGCCACCCAGAAUGUCUCCGAAGCUUAGGUGAUGGCCGGGAUGAACCUGAUGCUGAAGAUGUGCUCGUGGACAGCACUGCCCGGUUGGCCUUAGACGAGAACCAAGAGACUCGUGUUAAAACGCCUGUCAGUCUGACCAUCCCAAAUCAGAGACAAGCUGCUGGUGAGACCUCCAGUCCUGACAGUUUGAAUAUGCUGAAACAGCCAGUUGAGGAGACCGGGGUACCGCCUACGUCCACCAGUGGCAACACCUUAUCCAUGAAUGUCAACUUUGAGUCCGUUGGUGAGGAGGCAUUAGGAGCAAUGGCUGCCGCGCCAGGAGGCAAUCGUAGAGAAGACCAAAUGUCAGCAGCUGCUUCGGAUGCUCCGGAGACUUUCGAACUUCGUGCCUACCAGGAUGAGCUGGCCGGCCCAGGGAAGGCAGGAAAGAACUCGAUUAUAUGUGCCCCGACGGGAAGUGGAAAGACCCAUGUUGCUUUGGCCAUUACUGAGAGCCAUUUGAAAAGAUCUCCACGAGGUGGCAAGGAAUGCGUCCUCUUCCUCGUGGACACGGUCCACCUGAUGGACCAGCAGCUGAAUGUCUUCAAACCGCACCUACCCACCUCUUGCAACCCAGUCGGGAUGAGUGGGGGCCAUUCAGAUACAGCGGUCGGUCUGGCACAUAUGAUGAGAGUCAGCAAAGUCAUCGUUCUAACUGCUCAGAUUCUUCUGAAUUCUUUGGAGGUCGACCCUGACCACGAAUCGGAUGUUGUAUCGAUCUCGGAUAUUUCUUUAUUGAUCUUUGACGAGUGUCAGAACACGACCAAGAAUCAUUGCUACAACCAGAUCAUGAAGCACUACUUGGAACACAAGUUGAAAAAUAGAGCCAACCUUCCUCAGAUCGUUGGUCUGACUGCAUCCCUGGGUGUCGGCCAUGCGUCCACGACAGCUGGCGCUGUGAAACACAUCGAAAAGGUCUGCGCCAAUCUCGACAGCACCGAAAUAUGUGUCGUCAAGAGGAACAUUGAGGAGCUCCGCGAGUAUGUGGCCACGCCUGAAAUGGAACUGAAGACCGUGCCUACUAGAACCAAGGACCCAUGCAAACUUAUCAUAAGCCAGCACAUGGAGGGGAUUCAUGCGAGGAUGAGCGUCCAACCAGAGUUGUACAAAAUGCAAGAGGAGCACAAGUCUAAAAUACAGGGUCUGCUGCAGAGCAUCCCUACAGAUUUCAGCAGUGAAGCGUACACCAUGUGGUGUGCCAACAUGGGAAAGACGGUACCUUUAGUCUUCGACCAAAUGCUCAGGAAACCAUUCUGGACAUACCACGCUCAUCUGAAGAUUUACCAUGAUGCGCUGAACAUCAACGCCGGAGUGAGGACCAAAGACGCCCUCGAAUACAUGAACCAGAAGAUGAGUAUCCUUCAGACGCAGGGCAUGAAAGAUGAAGUCGAUAACUGGCUUGAGGGAAAAUUCAAAGAGAUCAUCACACAAAUGAAGCCAAUCGUGGACGACCCAGACCUGGAGAACCCCCUCCUCAAGGAAUUGCGUGAAAAGAUUCUCUCCUAUUCAUCUAAAGUAGCUGACUGUCGUGGGAUCAUCUUUGUGCAGACUAGGGCUGCGACUGAGCGACUGAAGAGCUGGAUGGAAGAGGACAGUCAGAUGGUGUCCUUGAGACCAGGCGUCAUCAUUGGGACCCAGGACAUGACGCAGAACAUGCAGAUUGACGUUGUGAAGUUGUUUCGUGACGGAAAGCAUAAGGUCCUCAUUGCCACCUCUGUUGCUGAGAAAGGGCUUGACAUUCAGCAAUGUAACUGGGUCAUCAAGUACCUCCACACAACCAAUGAGAUAGCACUGGUCCAGGCAAAAGGACGUGCUCGGAUGAUGGACAGUCGCUUCAGUGUGGUUGCUCCUGAAGCCUCUGGCAAGGUGGAGAAAGAGAAGCUCAACCUCCUACGCGAAGUGAUGAUGAAUGAAGCAGUGGAUGAAGUAUCACGGAUGAAAACAGAAUAUCUGCACUGGGAAAAGAGGAUUCUGACUAUCCAAAAGGAGGAACUGCUACGUCAGAUGAUGGAGGAACGCGAGAAGAAACAGCGCCCAAUUAUGUCAGAUGAGUACAGCAUCCAUUGCAGGAAGUGUGACAUGUUCAUCACUGUUUCGUCAGAUCUUCGGGUCUACCAGAAAUCCCACUACACUUCUAUUCGGAAGGACUUGGACACUGCCUAUGAAGUGAAACCACAUCCCAGGCCAGUAAAGCUGUACGACUUCGAGAAAACUGGUAAGGUGCACUGCAAGAAAUGCGGUUUGGAUUGGGGGAUCAUGGCUAAGCUUGUGGGCCAGGAGAUGCCCCUGUUAAAGCCAGAGGGUUUGGUCUUUGUGGAUGUGAACGGCAAGCGGAGCAUCAUCAGUAAAUGGAAGAAGUUUAAGUAUACCGUUCCACAGAUGGAUUUCAAUGACAUGUACAACUUGUAAAACCUAGUCAUGUAACUCAUAGAACGGGACUUGGACGCUAAAAAUAUACAUUUUUGCUUGUUGGAUUUACAUAAUUUUUGAUAUGUUCCUUCUUAUAAUUUGGUCGUGUGAUUAAGUGUUGUGACUUGUUGCUUUCAAUCAUUCAACUAUACAUGUACAUCGAAAAGACAAAAAAAUCAAUAUAUUUGGUUAACGACAAAGAAUAAGAAAUGUACUUAGCAUGCAUUUAUUUCUUCCUGAUUAUGUAAAAAAUCUCGUCAUUUAAGUUACGUCAAAAGCCUGUUACAUGCACUCCAAAUUAAUAGGUUUUUGAUUACAAUGAUCAUCUCACCUUCUUACCGGUGAAGUUGGUCUCCUUGAUCCUUAUUCCGAGUAAGCAAGCUCGGAGAAAGCUAUUUGGACUGAAAGCCUGUAUGAGAAUAUGGAAUACUGGUAACUAACUGAGAGUACAGUACGAGCCACAUCGAGACGAGUUCACCAACCCAUGUUAAGAUGGCGCGGACAGUCCGUAUAAAGGACUUGUCUCCCAAGAAGUUUUAAUUCAUUGCAUGACUGCCGUUGGAAACUGAAUACUUGUCAAGGCAGCUACAGAUUCUGCGACCGAUACCGCUAACGUAGUACAUGUACAUGUAUAUAGAUGUACCAGGGAUACCAGUGCGGUAUUCCACGGGUGAUCUAUUCCAAUCGUAAUAGAGAUCUAGGUCUCUCUAGUUACCGCCGUAAAUCCAAAAAUACUGCGUGGGGUAUGACCUUGAUUCAAGGGAGGUUUAUCAGCUGCCCUGAAUAAAAGAAGACUUUGACUAAAUUUUAUGACUGUCUUCAGUACUUUAAAUGGAUGUCACUUUUUUACCUUCGACUUUCUGUCGAUGUCGCGGUGAGUGUAAUGUGAAUGGUUUUUGUCGUACACAAUGUGUCUUUAAUUUCUUGUCUUUUUCAAGUUUCUGGUGUCUGAAUUCUACGUGGGUUUUUUAAUUCUUAUAAAUCCACACAAACACACAUAUUCAGGUCAAGAGAAGAUAUCAUCGGGAAAUGAUCAGCAGAUAAGGCUGACUGACAGAAAUAUUCAGAAAAAUAAAGAGCUCUCUUUUUGAGCUGUCAAUCACCCACCACUGUUUAGAAGUGAUUGGUGGUACUAGGCUGGUGAUCUCUUCGUUUUCUUUUCUCUCAAACCACAGGCCUAAAUUCAUUUUGGUACUUCAUGUACAUGUGUAUGCUCCUUUGCGAAAUAUAAAUCAGCGCCACAGUCGGCAGAACUUAUGACUAGGAGUACAUAUUUAUAGACAAGCCGCUUGUGAUAAAUUAUUUCAUUUGUAAUUCAGGUCAAAUUUCGAAUAUAUCAACAAUAUGAGCUGAAUAUAAAAGUGAUAUGUAUAAAGUCGGACCUAUCCAGUAAUAGCUUACCUAUUGACUCGAUUAUUGUUGAAUAAUUCUUUGAGUGAUAGGCCGCAAGAGUAGUCUUAGGCGAAAUGCUCUAGUCACAUGUAACAUACUUUCUGUUUGCUUGUUGUCAUGCAGUGUAAAGGCCUAUUCGUCAGUCAUGCUGAAUGCACAUAACCCGAAGCGAAGAUAUUGAUUGAACCAUAUCAAUAAUUCCUUUUUCGAUGUAUCAAAGAAGAAAAAGGUGGUUCGAUUGGCUUGUGACCACAGUUGCGACAGCACCCAUUUCACGAUAAAUUGUGUAACAAAACGAAAUUUUCCGGUUUUUUAAAAUAAACAGAAGUUGUGCAUCAUUUACGACUCCCGGCAACUCCAGCUUCGAGAGUCAGUUACAGUCGUCUGAUGACAUCUGCGAUUCGUUAUUCAACAUUAAACUACGAGUAAAUAGGAUACGCCCUGUAUGUAUUACAUGCAAUAGAAAAGCAGAAUAAAACGCCAAAAA